GCUGAACCACAUCGUCAAUCCAAGAACACUAACCCACUCACGUGCCGAUCACUCGCCGGCAUUUCAAUUCGCCGUCCCACCAGGCAACUGUCAAACGACGACGGAUCAAAGCAGACUUGUAUUUGUCGUCCGCCGUUGCCUCCCUUCCUCCACCGCGCAACCGCCGGAGUGCCGCGAGCCGAUCCCCGAACAACGGCCAUCAUCGCGGCUUCUAUUUCGUCUUCUCCUCGAAGCUGGACCUAAUCGGUGCAUGAUCUGGCCUGUUCUUCAAGCAGUUCACGCUUCACAAUUCCCGUUCCAAAACCCUAAAUCCCACCGGAGCAUCCCCUCCAGCGGAGACGCGUGCUUUUCCGCUGUCAGGAUGAAUGACUGGACGCCGUCCCCGUACGGCGCCGCCUACGUUCCUCCUCACCAACGGCUGCGCUCGGUCAUACUUUCCUCGUCAUCUGCCACUGGGGCUCCCCAGCCUGCUGGCGAAAUCACCAAUUAUAGUUUGAGCAAUAAAGCUCCGGUUCCUAAACCCAAUACAAUCAAUCCGCGCCCUUACUUGCAGCCUAACCAGCAACUCCAACAGCAACAACUGCAGAGCAAUUUCCUAAACAUGCAGCAGCAGAACUCCCAGUCUAAUGGCGUCUCUGUAGAGAUUCCUGCCUUCCAUGGCUCAUCCAACUUUGAAAGAGUGGAUGCAUGGAAAAGGAAGUUGAGCACCCUCUUACAAGACAAAGAUAAACAAGAGAUAGUCUCAAGGGAGAAAAAGGAUCGGCGUAAUUUUGAACAAAUUUCAGCUCUUGCCAGAAGAAUGGGUCUGUAUAGCCAUGUGUAUGCAAAAGUAUUGGUUGUCAGCAAGGUUCCAUUGCCAAACUACAGGUUCGAUUUGGAUGACAAGCGCCCUCAGAGAGAGGUUAUUCUGCCACCAGGGUUAACUAAAAGGGUAGACGCUCACCUUGAAAAAUACCUUUCUUGUAAGCCUAACACAAUUGGAGUUCCAAGAGCAAAUAUUACACGUAAUUUUGCUGCUGAUGAAGCACUUUUUGAGCUGCCUGAACUACUUCCAAAAAGUAAGGCUGCCAUCGAGAAUAUCCUUUGGCAAAGGAGUGUGCAAUUGUACACUGAGCAGCAAAAAUGGCAGUCUGGAGAAGGUAGGGGGGUGUUUGCAUUUCGUUGCUGUCUUCCUGCUUAUCAGGAAAAGGAUGCAAUAUUAAGUGCUAUUACACAGAACCAGGUGGUUAUUAUCUCAGGAGAAACUGGUUGUGGUAAAACCACGCAGAUUCCUCAAUUCAUUUUAGAGUCCCAAAUUGAAUCCCUUUGUGGAGCAAAAUGCAAUAUUAUAUGUACUCAGCCAAGAAGAAUAUCUGCUAUGUCUGUAUCUGAAAGGAUUGCAUUAGAGAGAGGGGAGAAUUUAGGCGAAACAGUCGGCUAUAAAGUUCGUCUUGAAGGUGUUAAGGGAAGGGACACACAUCUCCUCUUUUGUACCACAGGCAUCUUGUUGAGAAGAUUAUUAGUUGAUAGAAGCUUGAAGGGUGUUACCCACGUUAUUGUGGAUGAGAUUCAUGAACGUGGAAUGAAUGAAGAUUUUCUACUCAUCGUUCUAAAAGAUUUACUCCCUCGUCGACCAGAAUUAAGGUUGAUUUUGAUGAGUGCAACUUUAGACGCAAAUCUCUUCUCAUCAUACUUUGGCGGUGCCCCCACAGUUCACAUUCCGGGAUUUACAUACCCAGUUCACACUCAUUUCCUAGAAAAUAUUUUGGAGAUGACGGGAUAUAGAUUGACACCAUACAACCAAAUUGACGAUUUUGGUCAGGAAAAAGCGUGGAAAAUGAACAAACCGGCUCCAAGUAAACGGAAAAGCAAACUUGUGUCAGCAGUUGAGGAUGCCCUUGGAGCUGCUGAUUUCAAGUAUUAUAGUGCACAGACAAGAGAGUCCUUGUCUUGUUGGAACCCUGAUUGCUUAAACUUUAACCUCAUUGAAUAUCUGCUGUGCCAUAUAUGUGUAAACGAAGGGCCUGGUGCUGUGUUAGUUUUUAUGACUGGUUGGGAUGACAUCAGUUCUCUUAAAGAAAAGCUUCUAUGUCAUCCUACCUUGGGAGAUGCAAGUAGAGUUUUAUUGCUGGCCUGUCAUGGUUCUAUGGCCAGUUCAGAGCAAAGGUUAAUAUUUGAUGAGCCUGGAGGUGGAGUAAGGAAGAUUGUGUUGGCUACUAAUAUUGCUGAAACUAGUAUAACAAUCAAUGAUGUGGUUUAUGUCAUUGAUUGUGGGAAGGCAAAAGAGGCUUCAUAUGAUGCACUCAAUAAUACUCCUUGUUUACUUCCUUCAUGGAUAUCAAAGGUUUCAGCUCAACAAAGAAGGGGAAGAGCUGGACGUGUUCGACCUGGAAUGUGUUAUCACCUUUAUCCUUCAUGUGUAUAUGAUGCUCUUGCAGAUUGUCAGCUGCCUGAAAUUCUGAGAACACCUUUACAGUCCCUUUGUUUGCAAAUCAAAAGUUUAAAACUUGGCAGCAUUUCUGAUUUUCUAUCCAGGGCCUUGCAAUCUCCCGAAUUGUUGGCGGUUCAAAAUGCUAUUGAAUAUCUGAAGAUCAUUGGUGCCUUGGAUGAGAAUGAAGAUCUGACUGUUUUAGGACGCUACUUAACAAUGCUUCCAAUGGAGCCCAAACUUGGAAAGAUGAUUAUACUUGGUGCUAUUCUCAAUUGUUUGGACCCAAUAUUAACUAUUGUUGCUGGACUUAGUGUCCGUGAUCCUUUCUUGGCACCAUUAGACAAGAAAGAUCUAGCUGAAGCUGCAAAGGCUCAAUUUUCUCGUGAUCACAGUGACCACCUUGCUAUUGUCCGUGCGUAUGAAGGGUGGAGAGAUGCUGAAAAAGAUCUUUCCGGAUAUGAAUACUGCUGGAGGAAUUUUAUUUCUGCACAAUCAAUGAAGGUUAUUGAUUCUCUUCGAAAAGAGUUCUACUCUUUACUCAAGGAAACUGGUCUUGUUGACAGCAAUCCUGCCAUUUACAAUUCUUGGAGUUAUGAUCUGUCUCUUGUUCGAGCAGUUGUUUGUUAUGGAUUAUAUCCUGGAAUCUGCUCCAUAGUGGUAAGAUGUUAUUGAGCUUUUCUGCAACUGUAUAAUCUGUUUACUUCAACACUCACUUUUGAUGAAUGAAUUCCGCACAUGAGUACUGCAAUGUGUCCAGCAAGAUGAACCACAAAUGAUUCCAUAUUCGUCUCAUUAUGUUUUCCUGUCAAAUUCCAGUAAUGUCAGCAUACCCACUGGUGAAUCCCAUGAGGUAGUGAGGUUUUUAUCUUGCGGCUGAAUAACUUCUCACUCACAAAAAGUCACUAUGGUCUAUUGUGGAAUUAAAUUGAGAAACCUUUGAUUUGGUUCAUAUCUCAGUCUAUAUCUUGCUAGCAUUGCUACUUAGUCUUUACUAACACAAGUAAUCUUUUUUCUUGGCAUCUUGCCCAUUUUAAAACUAUAUGUACACGUACAUGUCCACAAAACGUAAGAAUGUUUCCCGAAAAUGUUUUUUCCUUGUCAAAACGAGAAGUCAUUUACUACAAGAGUUAAAGAUGAAGGAAAAGAUUUCUCUUCAUUUUAUUUUUAUUUUUUGGUGCCAAACACAAGAAUCUUUCCAGG